CCACACAGGUGACUUAUCAUUUUUGGUGGAGAGCAACGUGACAAGCUUAUUGCGAAACUCCAAGGAAACUAAAGUUCAGUGUAGGCGCCCAGUACAUGGCACUUUAUCGUUCGUUUCCAUUCGUUUAGCAUUCCAGCCUUAGCGCCUUCCUAGGUUGUACAUUGAAACUGGACUUUGGACUCUUCUUUUAAAAGCAGAUUUCAGACCUAAUCAGCAGAGGCCUCUUAGAUAAGCCACUACAGACACAAAAAUGGGGGAAUGGGGCUUUCUCUCAAAGCUCCUGGACAAAGUGCAGUCCCACUCCACGGUCAUUGGGAAGGUGUGGAUGACCGUUCUUUUCGUCUUCAGAAUCAUGGUUCUUGGAGCCGGUGCUGAAAAAGUGUGGGGAGACGAACAGUCCAAAAUGGUUUGCAACACCAAACAGCCAGGUUGUACAAACGUGUGCUAUGACCGCGCUUUCCCGAUAUCCCACAUUCGCUUCUGGACUCUCCAGAUCAUCUUCGUGGCAACGCCGACACUUAUGUAUCUCGGGCACGUUCUGCACGUCAUCCAAAAGGAGAGGAAGCUGAGGGAGCAUCUGAAAAGCCAAGCCGAACAUCAAGGAGUCAAACUACCCAAAUACACUGACGACAAGGGUAAAAUCGAUAUCAAAGGCGAGCUGUUGGCUAGCUACAUGACCAGUGUGGUGGUCAAGAUCUUGCUCGAGGCAGCCUUCAUAGCUGGUCAGUACUACCUGUAUGGUUUCAUGAUGGUGCCUAAAAUCGAAUGCACCCGAUACCCGUGUCCAUACACUGUAGAGUGCUUUAUGUCUCGGCCUACGGAGAAGACGGUCUUCAUCAUCUUCAUGCUGAUUGUGUCGUGCGUGUCCCUGCUGCUGAACGUAAUCGAGAUUUUCUACCAUUGGCUACAGGUCAAAGAAGCAUCAUGCAAAGAUGAGUUUAAAGCAAAGACACUUGUACCUUCCUGGAACUGAAGAAAGCAGCAAAGCCUAAAAGAACAAAAAGAGUGUCAACCUGGACUCAGUCAGUUAACUAUAUCAGCAUGUAUUUAAAGGAAUACAUAGGCAUUUUUGAGCUGAUCUCUAUCUGCCUCAUCUGUAGUAAUAAAUACGCUUUGCCUUGAACCGCAAGUAUUUUUGGGUCAACAAGCUUCCUCUUCCUUUAUAAGUACAGACAAACACAAACUAUUAUCUGUGGUAAUUAACUGCAUUGUACAGAUGCAGCAGAUAAAGAUUAUGUUGAACAACAUCUAUUGAAGUAUUGCAUUAAUGUUCAAUUAAAUGAUAGUGUUGACAUGUUUUAAGUAGUCUGGUGUUUAGACUUUCUUUGCUGAAAUGUCUGCUGUACUUCAGGAGCAGAAAUUCAUGUUUACAUUCAAGGACAUGAUACACAGUUGUAGUUCUCAAGACUUUGUAAUUGUUUCAGAAACAUGCACAGUAUGCAAGAUGAAAGGAUGAAAUAAGGAGAAUUUUUGUCAUCUUUUAUCCUGUUUUUGUUGUUUUUUUUCAGGAGGGGGUGUUAAGUGAUUGAAACUUGACUUUAAGUUAUGAAAGUGGUUGAGAAUGAUUUUAUUUGUAACUAAUAUCCAGAAU